GUAAUAGUCGUGUUUUCGGGAUAUAGAUAGGGGGAUUGGGCAUCGUUAGGUUUUUAGGGUUUACAUUGAGCAGCCACUCCUAUUGCAGCAGCCAUGGUUCUCAAAACUGAACUAUGCCGAUUCAGCGGUGCCAAGAUCUACCCAGGAAAAGGCAUCAGAUUUGUACGCGGUGAUUCUCAGGUCUUCCUGUUUGCCAACUCAAAAUGCAAAAGGUAUUUUCACAACCGUUUGAAGCCAUCUAAGCUGACCUGGACUGCAAUGUAUAGGAAGCAACACAAGAAGGACAUUGCUCAAGAAGCUGUGAAGAAGAGGCGUCGUGCUACUAGAAAGCCUUACUCUAGGUCCAUUGUUGGUGCCACUUUGGAAGUUAUUCAGAAGAAAAGAACUGAGAAGCCAGAAGUUCGUGAUGCAGCUAGGGAAGCUGCUCUUCGUGAAAUUAAAGAGAGAAUCAAGAAAACAAAGGAUGAGAAAAAGGCUAAGAAAGCAGAAGUAGCAGCUAAGACACAAAAGGCACAAGGCAAAGGCAAUGUUCAAAAGGGUGCUGUGUCCAAAGGUCCCAAACUUGGUGGUGGAGGCGGGAAACGCUGAGUUUUUAGUUUUGUUCCUAUUUUUGGGAAUUAUUUGAAUAGUUGUUUUGAAACUUCUGUACUGAAUUUUAUCUGCUUGAUUAAUCUUUUUAUUUAACUGCUUUAUCAAACCUGUUUUUGGAGCUUCAGAGAGUACCUGGUUAUUUAAUGGAUUUUGCCAAUCUUGCUAAUGUUUUGUUUCUAGGCAAUUUAUCCUUUACAAUGCCUGAUGGUGCAUGCUUUGUUGUGAGUUUGUCUAGCCGAAGGGUGGGGGUUGCUCCAUCGUCCAUUUGUAUCGUUUAUCAUUUAAAGCUUGGGCAAAAAAUUGAUUGUUCCCAAAGUUGAGUUUAACCAGAAUCAACACCCUUGCUUU